AUGUCGCAGUCUGGACUUUCAUCAACAUGGGCGCCAGGGGGUGGUGAUGGUGCUGGUGCCCCCGGUAGCCGUCGGAAGAAGGUCUACGGAUAUCUCAAAGCGGCAAAUGAGCUACGCCAGACCUAUACCGCACAAUGGUCCGGGCAGAGGAGUGAAUACGAUGAGGACUACUACGAUACACCCGGUGCAUUCCCGGACGUACAGAUUUCACGGUCAGGCGAUGAGGAGAUGGUGGUAUUCCCCAGUUAUGCUAGGCGAUUGCCAGAGAAGAAGAAGAGCACGAGCACCGGUACCAACACACGUCCGCGACGUGAGUCGUGGUCAGAAACUAUCGAUGAUUACCGGGGUGCAACCCACGAGGACGACGAUCUCUCCUCGCCUACUUGGGAUCCAACGGAGAAUGAAGAGGCAGUUGUGGCCGUUGACGUGCGUGGCUGGAUUUACUCUCCUAGUCGAGGGCAGAUGAGCCGAAAGCACCGAUUAAUGAUUGCCCUGGCUAGGAAGCUGAGCGGGAUCUCUGCACCGUCUGGAACUGCAAAUAAUGAAAGUAACGACAAGAUUUCUGGGAAGGGAGAUGACGAAUACAUCGACAAGGAGAUUCAAUCGCUAGUCGCCAAGGCCGAGAGAGAAGCAGACCCGGCUUGGAAAGGCUCGAAUGUGGAACAAACACGCCGACCCACUGCACCAUUGAGUAAGGAUGAAUUAUCUAUAGCAAAUGCCCAUCUAAUGGAAAGACUUCGUCCAUUCUUGUCGAAUCCCGUUGGGAGCAUGCCGGUGACAGUGUUCUUCUUCAACGACACCGAAAGCAAGUCUCGAAAUAUCAUGACGGAUGAAUCAGGCCAUUUUACUCUUCGCGCUACACUGCCCUUUGCGCCAACUCAUAUUCGUGUGUUGGCAUCUGAGGACCUGUCUGUCGCAAGACCGAUUGAUGUCAUUGAUCCGGUUGGAAUCAGUUUGAUCAGUGACAUUGAUGAUACCGUUAAGCACUCGGCCAUUUCCAGUGGAGCGAAAGAGAUGUUCCGCAACACCUUCGUCCGUGAAUUGAAUGAACUUAAAAUCGACGGAGUUAGCGACUGGUAUUGCAAACUGGCCAGUGAGGGCGUGCAAAUUCACUAUGUGUCGAAUGCUCCCUGGCAAUUGUAUCCCCUCCUGGAGCGGUACUUCAAGAUGGUCGGAUUGCCUCCGGGCUCCUUCCAUCUCAAACAGUAUUCGGGUAUGCUUCAAGGAAUCUUUGAGCCCACAGCGGAGAGGAAACGGGGAUCAUUGGAACAAAUUCUGCGCGACUUCCCAGAACGAAAAUUCAUUCUUGUUGGUGACAGUGGUGAAGCUGAUCUGGAGGUUUACACGGAGAUUGUCUUGGCAUAUCCUGGCCAGAUCCUGGGUGUCUUCAUUCGUGAUGUUACGACUCCAGAAACGCAGAAGUUCUUCGACAAAUCCGUCCCCCAUCUUGACCCGUCUAAGCGCAGUCGCAGUUCACCACCUGUAGUGGACCACUCGGAUGCCGCUUCCAACAGACCAGCGCUCCCGCCUCGAGGUGGCACGGCUGACCCUGCAGUGCCCGUAGCCCAUCAUGAUACAGAUCCAAAAGAUCUUGACCUUGAGGACCUGAUUGAUCUCACAGAUCUCAUCAUAGACGAUCAACCACCGCCGGCGGGGCUUACCCGCCCCGCCACUUCACGGCCACGCCCAGCGAAACCGAUCAAACCGUCUGCAUUGCGCAUGGUUUCUACACCAGCUGAUUUGGCGAAGGGUUCCAGACCAUCCUCUCUGCGCAACGUCGCUACACCUUCCGAUGUGCCAGAAAAUGACACGAUGUCGACACCAGCACAAGAGGUUCCCAAGCGCAGACCAGUUCCCCCUACGCCACCCAGACGUGCAGUGCCAAAGACAGGCUCAUUGAUUGACCUGGAUCCCUCGCCUUCAAACUCUGAGAGUAGCGCUGGGACAUCAACGAAUGAACUUCCUUCUUCCGGACUCAAAAGCCUUGAUGAUAAUUCUGUAGGUACCCAGAGUCAAUCGCAACCUGCACGCGUCAAGCCACCACCGCCUCCUCCGCGUCGCACGAACACCGGGUCUUCAACAACCAGUUUAGAUCCGGGUGCAUCAACCCCAUCAACCCCAUCAAUUGCAUCAACAGCACUAAGUACGCCGGCUCGUCCUGCGGCUCCUGCGACUGGCAUUCAAUCAUACCCAGCGGCAGCCGCCCAGGCUGCAUACCAAGGGUUCCAAUAUGCAAGCGACCGACUCAACUUCUCAGGAUCCGCAAAGUCUCCAUCCAACCAAUCAGGGAGACCAGGGCCGAAUGGAACGGGUGUGCCGCCUGCGCCCCUGCCAAAUAAGCGCGAGGAGCUUUGGCGACGUCGUUGGGCUCGCGCAAGCGAAGUGCUUGAACAGCACGACGUUGUGCUAGGCAGUUGGCGGGUCGGAAGCGAUGCGCAGCCUGUUUGCGCGUGGUUAAUGGAGCAGGCGAUGAAAGAUCUCAAGAAUAAUCGUUCGAAGGGGGAUCAUUGA